GGAUGAAGUCAGACGCGCGCCACGUUGCUCCCGGUCGCCCAAACACGAGUCCUGGGAAAGCAAACAGGAAAUGAUCUUGAGCGCCCAUUGUUUGUUUACGGGUUGUGCAACGGCUAUCUCGAAGGCUUUUCCGGGUCCUGAAAUAGACAUUCGUGAAACAGAAAACUGUAAAUAUUUGUUUUAUUAAUAUUUUACGUUAGCAAGAGGCCAAGCGUCCUUGUGUUUAUGUAAAUUGCUGCGUACAAAAGUGAAAUAUUCCCCGCACCUUUUGGGGGACACGCAAAGGAUCCCGAUACCAACAGCGCCAGAUAGGAACUUACUGCACCGUUGGAAUCGCCACAACACAAUGUCGGGGAGAGCCACGGCGCACGCUCUCUGAGGAGGGCGACCUUACCCAGCGGAAGAGGGGAGAGGGGAAAGAAGACGCAGGAUUUGCUUGCGAGUCGCCAGCUUCCGAACCCAUGUGCAGGAACCAGCCCGUGCAACAGUCAGGUGACAAGAUGCGCGGGGGUGAAGAGAGUGCCAAGGUGCCCUCGUCCCCCCCGGGGCGGCCGAGGCAGCAGCAGGUGUCUCGUCUGCGUGUCGUGGUCCUGGGAGCCGAGGGCGUCGGCAAGUCAGCUCUGACGGUACGGUACCUGACGCGCCGCUACAUCAGUGAGUACCGGCGCUCCAUCGACCUGCUCUACCGCCACACCGUCUGCCUCGAUGACGUCACUUCCGAGGUGGAAAUCCUUGACGUUUCCUUUCGAGAGAGCGAGCACGAGAGCGUGUCCCCGGCGCAUACCCGUUGGGGCGAAGGUUUCGUGGUCGUGUAUUCGGUGGACGACCUUAUGUCCUUCCACGAGGCGCGAGUGAUCCUGGACGGCCUGCAGCGACUGAAGGCGCCCCUGUACGUGCCCGUCAUCCUGCUGGCCAACAAGCGGGACCUCGACCCCGGCAGGCAGGUAUCGGUUGAGGACGGACAGGCGCUGUCUCUGCAACACGGGUGCCAGUUCUACGAGGUGAGUGCCGCCGAGAGCCACGUCGGCGUGACACUGGCAUUCCAGGCACUGCUAAGAGGGGAGACCCGUUCGCUACAGAUGACCCGCCCGACGCCCCGACAGCGCCCGCCUCUCUAUCGUGGCCGUCUCCAGGAUGAUUGGCUCCUUAAUUGGCGAGAGCCCGACCCCACCCUCGCCCACCCUCCGGCCCACCGUGGUCGUCCAAGAACCAGCGGGGGAAGGCGCCUCGAGAAGGAGGACAAAAACCGACCAUCCUUAAGUCUCUGA